AUGAAGUAUUUUGCGCUUUUGGAACCGAAGGCCGCCAUGCCGCUGGGUCUUCGUCUGCUGGAGACUUACGGGCUACGUGGCGGGCGGCGGAGGUUUUAUUAUUUUCAAGUGACGAUUUUGUGGGAAGUACUCAUGAUAGUCGUUCCCAAGAUUUUUCUCGGAUAUCGUAGUCAGGAUCUGGUGAUACGCGGCCUAUCGGAGUUGCUGUUCCAGCUGCAUAUUACGAUUCGGAUUUGCAUAUUCGCAUGGCACCGAAUGAAAUUCGAAAGACUGGUGGAGAUCAUUCAAAGGGUGUACAGGAUGGUGUUUUCACCCGGUGGAAAUUCAGCGCUGAAGGAUAUAAUUCUGGAACACAACAAGAUCAUCAACAAACAAUCCAAAGGAUACUUUCUGUACAUUAUGGGAUGCGUCAGUUUGUUCAGCGUGGCUCCAGUGCUUCAAAGUGUUGUUAUUUUUGUGGCAAAUCAGAGCAGAAAUGAAACUGACAAAGGCGAAUACCGCACGAUGAUGGAGCAGGAAUUCUACGGACUGGAUAUUCGAGGCAACUUCAGUUUCUAUGUGCUAUACGUUGCGUUAGCUGGUUUGGCGCACUACUACUCGGCUGCCUUUUUCGCGGUGACUGGAGUCAUAAUGAUUUGCGGUGUUCGAUGUACCAUUCUAUUGUUUCGGUUGAUAAUUGUGAGACUUAAUAAACUACACCAACUUCCAAAACAGAGCAUUCGAGAAGAACUUCGAGAGGUUAUAGGUCUACAUGUGGAUGCGUUAAAGUGCAUACAGCUGAUGGAGCAAAUAGCCAAUUUGGCCAUGGCCAUUCAAAUUGUUGAUUGUGUACUCAUUUGGAUUUCCAUGGUUUUGUAUAUGAGAAACAAUUUAGGUGUUGACGCCAUAAGUCUAAUGGUACUUUUCGUAGCAUUAACUGGCGAAACCUUUGCUUUAUGCAACUUGCUGACUGAGCUCACCAGUGAGAGUUUUGCCGUGACCCGAGCCAUCAUCGAUUGUGAGUGGUAUACAUUGCCACAGGAUGUGCAGAAAUCGUUGUCUUUUGUGCUGUUCAGAGCUCAACGCAACGAAGGAAUCACAGCUGCCAAAUUCUUCUUCAUGGACAUUGAACGUUUCGGAAAAGUAGCUCAGACUUCAUAUUCAAUUUAUGUGGUAUUGAAGGAUCAUUUGUAAUUGGAGCAACGAACA